GUGAUCAGUUCAUGUCCUGUUCUGUUCCUGUUGCCUGCCUUUCUUUGAAGCCGGUGUUGUGUGAAUGAUUGGCUUUAUGAAUUUUGUGCAAGGUUCGCAUUAUUUUGUCGAAUCUGUCUAGCUUUUUCUUUCGAGUAUCUUUCAUACUUUUGAAACUAGUGAACAAAAAUAACCUACAGUGACUGGUAAAGAGUGGAGUAUCAUUGUUUUGAUAUCAGCCGCGCUCUCAUGCGGAUGGUUGGGCGCGUGCUCUGGAGUUUGAUGUCACUCAACCGCAAAUAAUUAAUACGGCAUAGCAAUCUUAAAAGUCUUCGGCUCUGCUUCAAAUUCCAAUAAUAUCACCGACUUUCUUUUCAUCUGGUGAUUAUUUUAGUGAUACAUUUCUCCCUAUCCAGCAACAGCGAUCGUAUUACAUUGGGCUUCUUUCCAGUAAACCAUUGCCACGAUGAGUGAGUGGGAAGAUAACGACAAUGGGAAAUCUUUUGGUCAGACAAAUUAUGGUGAUGGCAAUGAUAGACGCCAAGAUAAUGGAUAUAGCGAAGAUCGGCGAGGUGGUCGAGGGCGUGGUGGACGUGGUAGUCGAGGAGGCCGUGGUGGCGCGGUUGGUCGUGAUUACGAGAAUGGAUACAAGAGUUCUAGAGAUCGCGAUGAUGAAAAUGGCUUUGAAAACGGUGGCGAUAGAUCAGGUUUCCACAGUGGUCGUGGAGGACGAGGGAAUCGUGGUGGAAGCCGUGGUGGUUAUGGAGGUGAGGAAAAUGGAGGGUUCAACCGUGGCGGUGGAUAUCGUCCCCGCGAUAAAGAGAACGGUAACACCUAUGUUAAGAAUGACGAUAAAGUAAAAACUGACAAACCACGGGAGUUAUAUAUACCGCCGGCUCCUACAAACGACGAGAAGGAAAUCUUUGGUUCAGGAAUCAGCUCCGGAAUCAACUUUGACAAAUUUGACGAAAUAAAGGUUAACAUAACGGGAGAAAACCCCCCCAAGCCGAUAACUUCAUUCGACAAUUCUGGAUUGCGAGAUUAUCUUUUGAGUAAUGUGCGCAAAUCAAACUACAUCAAACCGACUCCGAUUCAGAAGUACGCAAUUCCAAUAAUCAUGAAUGCACGAGAUCUGAUGGCUUGUGCUCAAACGGGAUCUGGAAAGACGGCUGCAUUCUUGCUACCAAUAGUUAAUUCUCUGCUUAAUGAUAACGCGGACAUGCAAGCUUGUAGUCCGCAGGUGGUCAUUAUCGUGCCAACGCGCGAAUUGGCUUUACAAAUCUUUCAAGAAGCAAGGAAAUUUGCACUGGGCACCAUUCUGAAGAUAUGCAUAGCAUACGGAGGCACCGCAACACGUCAUCAACUGGAUAAUAUCAAUAGUGGCUGCCACAUACUGGUCGCAACGCCCGGUCGCUUGAUGGAUUUUGUAGAUAAGCAGGCAAUCAGUUUCGAGCGGAUAAAGUUUGUUGUGCUGGAUGAAGCCGAUCGUAUGCUGGACAUGGGUUUUAUGCCAUCGGUAGAGAAAAUGAUGCACCACGAAACGAUGCCUUCCAAAGAAUCGCGCCAGACACUUAUGUUUUCUGCUACUUUUCCGGGUGAGAUUCAGGAGCUUGCCGGGCAAUUCUUGAACAAUUAUAUUUUCGUAGCAGUCGGAAUUGUGGGCGGUGCCAGUGCGGAUGUUGAGCAAACGGUUUAUAAUGUGACCAAGUUUCAAAAACGUAAAAAAUUGCACGAGAUUCUAGAGAUGGCUGAUCCUAAGGGCACACUGGUGUUCGUUGAAACAAAACGAACUGCAGAUUAUUUGGCUUCACUUCUAUCAGAAACAACAUUCCCGACCACGUCCAUACAUGGAGAUAGGCUGCAACGAGAACGAGAGGAUGCACUACGUGAUUUCAAAUCUGGAGCGAUGUACAUUUUGAUUGCUACAUCGGUGGCCGCACGCGGGUUGGACAUCAAGAACGUAUUGCAUGUUAUAAACUACGAUUUACCGAAGAGUAUCGACGAUUACGUUCAUCGUAUUGGUCGAACGGGACGCGUUGGUAAUAAGGGAAGAGCAACUAGUUUUUAUGAUCCCGAAAACGACUCCCCUAUUGCACCAGGCUUAGUGAAGAUUCUCACCCAGGCCGGACAAGAAGUGCCUGAUUUCCUACAGGGAAUUUCAGGCAAUGGUUCGUUCGGAGGAGCUAGCCAGUUCGGCGGACGAGAUAUUCGUGCUAGAAAUACAGAAGGCUCUCGCGUAGAUGCCAUACCAAAUCAAUUAGAACCAGAGGAAAGUUGGGGAUAAACUGACCAUCGAUAGCACCGGAUAGACAUGGCUUUGAAAUGAUUUUUUGAUAUAUUUUCAAAGGGAACAACCGCGGAAAACUGGAUCAGAACGAGUAGUAGGACGUGGUGUAUACGGCAAGGAAACAACUGGUUCAUCUACGGUACAAUUUGACAAUGAGCUUUAUUUGUGAAUUCGCGUCGUGCAUAGCGAUUAUGUUGCUUUUUUCCCUUUCGACAGACUGGCUCUCUUCAGAGCGUCAUAUACUUCUAAACAACAAUAACAUUCUUUAACCCAAAUGAGCCCUUUCACGUAGAUAAUAAGAUUUUAUAUCAUUCUUUCAAAGAAUGGAAUGUCUACUUUUGUUAUCAAAAAGUGAUAAACAGAUGUAAUAAUUGUUGCAAACAAUUUAAAUGAUAUAUUUCAAUAAAUCUUCAGUAUCUUUGUUUUUGCUA